AUGGUUGUCAAGAUGAUGAAAUGGAGACCAUGGCCACCUCCAGUUUCCAAAAAGUACGAGGUUAAACUCCUCGUCAGAACUCUCCGUGGUAUCGAUCUGUCGCCGGAGAGUACAUUCGCCGUUGAAAUCAGAUGGAAGGGUCCUAAACUUGCUCUCAGCUCCCUCCGUCGUAACGCCGUUGUCAGAAAUUUCACCGGUGAGGCACAGGCUCAUCGUGUUGAAGAAGAUGAACAAAACGGUGUCGUUUUGUGGGAUGAAGAGUUUCAUAGUUCUGUUAAUCUUUCUUCUAAUAGAGACAAUGCCUUUCAUCCUUGGGAGAUCGCUUUCACUGUUUUCAACGGUUUGAAUCAGAGGUCAAAAACUAAGGUUCCUGUGGUGGGAACAGGCUCUUUGAAUCUAGCUGAGUUUGCAUCUGUGAUUGAUCAGAAAGAUUUUGAUUUGAGUAUUCCGCUUACACUUCCUGGAGGUUCUGCUGUUGAGCCUUCUCUUUCACUCACUAUAUCAAUCAGCUUAGUGGAGCUAAGAGUGGCCCAAGAGAAUAGUGAGCUUGUUCAUAAGUCAAUAGUGCCGGUUCAAUCACCCUUGUCUCAGUCAGGAGAAGCUAGUUUGUCAGAGAAAGAUGAGAUUUCCACCAUUAAAGCUGGUCUUAGGAAAGUCAAGAUUUUGACUGAGUUUGUAUCCACGAGGAAAUCAAGGAAACCAAGCCGCGAGGAAGAAGGUAGCGAGGGAAAUUACUCUGCCAGGAGUGAGGAUGGUGAGUACAAUUACCCUUUCGACUCUGACUCUCUUGAUGAUUUUGAGGAAGGGGAUUCACAUUCGGAAGAGGUAAAGGAGGAGUCGAGUGUGAGGAAGUCGUUCAGUUACGGGAAACUAGCCUUUGCAAACGCGGGUGGGUCGUUUUAUUCCAGCAUGAGGGUGAAGGGUGAUGAUGAGGAUUGGGUUUACUACAGCAAUCACAAAUCAGACAUCGGGAGUUUGCCAAAAGAGGAGUCUGCCGUUUCGUCCUCCGAGCCUUAUGUUGCGCAAAGUUCAAGGCGUAGUUUAUUGCCUUGGAGGAAGAGAAAGUUGAGUUUCAGAUCUCCGAAAUCUAAAGGAGAACCAUUGCUAAAGAAGGCUUAUGGAGAAGAAGGUGGCGAUGACAUUGAUUUCGAUCGCCGGCAACUUAGCUCCGAUGAAUCUAUUUCACAUGGGUCACAGAAAACUGAAGACGAAUCAGGUGCAAAUCGAACAUCGGUGUCUGAAUUUGGCGAUGACAAUUUUGCAGUUGGUAGUUGGGAGCAGAAAGAAGUUUUGAGUCGUGAUGGCCACAUGAAACUUCAGACACAAGUCUUCUUCGCGUCAAUUGACCAGCGAAGCGAACGAGCAGCGGGUGAGAGUGCUUGUACAGCUCUGGUUGCAGUAAUAGCCGAUUGGUUCCAAAACAACCGCGAUCUCAUGCCAAUUAAGUCCCAGUUCGAUAGUUUAAUUCGAGACGGCUCAUUAGAAUGGAGAAACUUAUGUGAAAACCAAACAUAUAGGGAACGAUUCCCUGACAAACAUUUCGAUCUCGAAACAGUUGUCCAAGCCAAAAUCCGCCCCCUUUCCGUAAUUCCCGAAAAGUCCUUCAUCGGUUUCUUUCAACCCGAAGGAAUGGACGAAGGAAGGUUCGAUUUUCUACACGGAGCCAUGUCUUUCGAUAACAUCUGGGACGAGAUUAGUAACGCCGAACACGACUCCACCACUAACGAAGAGCCCCGAAUUUUCAUCAUCAGCUGGAACGACCAUUUCUUCAUCCUUAAAGUCGAAUCCGAUGCUUACUUCAUCAUCGACACUCUUGGGGAGAGACUCUACGAAGGAUGCAAUCAAGCAUAUAUCUUGAAAUUUGACAGAAACACCGCCAUAUACAAAACACCAGACGUCUCUAAUCUGUCGGACGAAAACACAACCGCCAUCGAACAACAAACUGUUGCAGAUGUAUUAGAGAACAACAAUGAGAAACAGAGUCAUCAAAUCAACAGUAAAGGGUUGUCGGAGUCUGUUGAAGAGACAGAAGAAUCACCGAAAAGCGAGCAAGACGAAGACGAAGUUGUGUGCCGAGGGAAAGAAGCAUGCAAAGAAUACAUAAAAAGUUUCUUAGCAGCUAUCCCUAUUAGAGAAUUACAAGCAGAUGUCAAGAAAGGUUUAAUAUCAACAACUCCACUUCAUCAUAGACUACAAAUUGAGUUUCACUAUACUCAACUGUUGUUGCAGUCUUAUGAAGAAUCUUCUUCUCUUGCAGUAACUGAGGUUGACACAUAA